GUUUUAAUAGGAAUUCUUUUUUUAUAUAUAGAUAUUUAUAUAUAGAAAUAAAAUAUAAUUAUAUUUUACUUUAUGCAUAAAACGUGCGCGUAUACUUGAUGCCAUUUUUGUACAUAUUUAAAAAAAUAAGAUUAUACUAACAUAAUUAACUGGACACAUAUAUUAUAAGAGUAAAUUGUAUACUUCACUUAUAAACAACAAGCAGAAAAGAUGAGAAAAUGAGAAAAGGUAGUCAGGAUAUGCACGUGCACAUGUCGCAUUAUUUCACAUUGAAGUGUACACUUCGGUGGCACAAGAUCGACUGACGCAUCGAAAGUCACGGCUGCCUAGCGCGCUUGCGCUUACGUACAUUGAAGAAGGAAGCACCUUUUUUUCUUGUAUUUUCUUAGUACGUCUAGCAAUGUAAUUAUUACGUGAAAUAACUUUUUUAUUAGGCACCUCGAUACUUUCACAUUGUUUGGUACAUUUACAGCACGUUACAUCUAUUUUUCAUCGUAUAAUAAUGAAAAAUUACUAAAUUGUAACUUUACUUUACUUUCGUCUGAACAUCAGAUAUUAUAGAAGAUAUUAUAGUAGAAGAUAUAAUAAAAAUUGGAUAAGGAAGAGAUGAUAUUCAUUGCUUAGUCGGAAGCUUUCAUUGACAAAGCUACUCACACCGUUACUCUAAAAAUGGUAGUUGCAGGCGCACGUUGUUUAAAGCUCCACCGAACUCUGUUUAUUAUUGCGGGAUUAUGGCCAUAUCAGAAACCAUUUAUUUGGCAAAUACAAGCAGUAUUCUUUUUCGGUGCAUACUGCUCCAUGUUCUUUUGUCAGUUUACGCCGUUCUUAACAACGACUUGUAACAUGGAGUGUAUCCUAAAACGAUUUACUUAUAUUUGUAUUACUGUGGUCUUCAUUUUGAAUUACUACUCAUUCUACUUCAAUUCUGAAAUUGUAAAGCAGAUGUUUGAACAUAUGCAGUUUGACUGGAAAACGUUUAAAAAUUGUGACGCAAUGAAAAUAUUUGAAGAAUAUCUCUCAGAAUCUUAUAUUUUCACAUUAUCUCUGUGCAUUUUUUUUUUAAUAGGAGCAUCUUUGACUACGAUUAUGGAAUUUAAACCUAUCAUCCUUGAUAUUAUUGCACCAAUGAAUGAAUCUCGACCACGAAAACUUGAAAUAGAUAUUGAAUUGUUUGUCUUCAAUGAAGAACAAUAUUUUUUCUUUUUAUUAGUGCUGGAGGGAGUAGCAGCAGGAAUCGGUCUUUGGUCGCUCCUUACGAUUCUAACGUUCAUAACAACAGUAACGAAACAUUCAUGUGCAACAUAUAAAAUUGUUAGUUCUUUAAUCCAAAAUACAGUAACUGUCCAUACGCUACAACUUCCUGUUGCUCAAAGAAUACAAUACAUGCACCGGAAUAUUUGUCUUUCAGUUUACAUUCAUAGAAGAACAUUGGAGUUUUGCAAAGGUUUGAUACUUUCGUUUGAUAUGUGGUAUUUCCCGUUAGUUUUAAUUUGCGUACUGUCUUUAAGUUGCGUUCUAUUUCGCCUAUACAAUGCUAUAAUGCAGUUCAAUGACUUGUAUGAUAUUUUUAUACCUUGUGGAAUGUUAGUGUGUUAUUUGCUAUAUAUGUUUAUGGCAAAUUUUCUUACACAGUCUUACACUGAACACAGUGUAGAAGUAUUAGAAUCUGCAUAUGAUACUCUUUGGUAUGUAGCACCAUUGAGAAUUCAGAAAUUGUUCUUGAUUAUGCAAAAAUCUAUAAGGAGCCAUAAAAUAGUAGUGGGUGGUCUUUUCGUUGCGUCUAUAGAAGGAUUUUCUACGCUUGUGACUUCCGCUGUAUCAUAUUUUACUGUUAUGCACGCUAUGCGUUUAUGAGUAUAAAGGGACGAAGAAACAGCGAAGAAGAUAUAAGUUAUUCAGAGCCAUGCUUAUAUGCUUUAUAAUUGUUCUUACAAAGAUAAGUGAUGAAAGCUUUUAAAAAAAGGAAGGAGACAUCUAUGUUAUAUAUACACGUUAUAUAUGUAUACGUUAGAAAUAUAUGUAAUUGGAACGUAUUUCGAUUUUUUGGGCAAGACAAUACAUUAAAUUUGGCAGUAUAAAUUGUAUUUUAUUGCUUCAUGUACUUAUUUUCUUUUUGGGGAAUAUUAUUUGCUACUUAUUAUACUUUAUAAAACAUUCAUUACUAAAUAUAUUUAUUUGGCACACGUCGAGCAUUAGACACAAGAGUAUUUUACUAUAUUUGAUAAUAUUUUAUAUUGCGUAUUGUAAAUUGUAUAUUGAAUUUCGUGCAAUGUAAAAUCCUAUGUUAGUUAUAAUUUUUAAUAAUAUACUCAUUAUAGAAGCAGAUUAUUUUAACAUUGUAAUCAAUUGUCACAAGGUACUAACAUGUCUUUCGAAGGUCUAAUUAUAUUAAUACGAUACGAUACGAUAACCUGAAUAUCUGUUACCUUACUAUAUGUACAUAAUAUUAUAAUAAAUUACAUGCUCAUAAUGAAUAAGUGUGUAUUUAUAAUAAUAUUUAUCAUACAAUUCACUUUAGUGCACAAAGCCAAUAAAAGAAAAGAAUACAAACAAUAAGCGAUAUAUUUUAUGUACAUUACAAAUCUAUACUAAAAGAAGUCCAAAAUUUGUUAUAAUGAAAUAUUAAUCGCUUUUGGGAUAUGGCUUUAGAUGUGCAUACGCAAUUUCAAUGUUUUAUAUCUCCAUUAAUAGUAUUGUAUGUGUAUAAUAAUAAACAAAUAAGAUAUUAAUAUAUUACGUUAAAAUAUUCACGUAGAUAUACAGAAACACUAUAAUGAAAUAAUCUUUUCUAUAUACUUCUCAUAGUUUAGUUGGCAUUAUUUUUAGAUAUCAUCGUUUUAACCCUUAGCUGGCACACUGCAGCCAAAUCACAUAGAUGGCACACUGGGGUCCUGUGGGACCCCAGCAGUACAUUCAUUUGUAACUGCUGUAAAUAAAUAUAUAAUUACUUUCAAAAAUUAGGAGAUACUGCUAAAGUAUUCUUAUAGAAGAUCCUAUAGUAAAUUUUAAAAAAAUUGAAGGUUAAGUAUACAAAAAAAA